GUGACCAGAUUUUACUGUCGCGAAGAAACAUAAAAUCUCUUUUAACCUUUCUUUUUCAACUUUUCAGGGACACAAGGACCACUAAAGUGAAGACCAAAUGUUCUGAAAUCGGACUGAAAUUUGGCUUUUUCCCUUGGCGAUAUUUUCUGAUAUCCUUUCUUUUAACUGAAUUCUUCUGCAAACAAACAAUGGCCACACAAUGUCAAGCGUGAAAAAAUUAAUUCUUUCAUUCUCUUGUAAUAGGAGUGUGCCAAGGCGAUUUGCCGAGGAAUUUCUUGAUUAAUGUCAAUGUCUCUUCAGGAAUAUUCAGUGUCGAGUUUCUUUCAGAUUUUAAUCAAACUGAUAUUUGCCGCUCUGCUGGUGUCGGACAUAUAAAGGACUCGUAAUUCUUCUGAGAUGCUAGUCAACAUGCUUCUGAUUAGUUUCAUAGUAUCAACGAUGGUAGAACUGACUCCUUGUACAAGCAUGUCCCAAACAUAUUCCAGUUUCUUAAAGGACCUAAUAAGGCGACAAUCGUACAACGCACAGAUGGAAAGCAGAGAUAAGCGGCAAAUUAAUAGAAGAUCUUGGUGUUGUGGAGAUUCUUUGAGUUCUUCAAUAAGUAGCAUGACUAAACAAAUUAGACGGGGUUUACAAUAUGGAUGGAAAAUGACCGCCCAAAUAAUCAGUUUGUAUAAUGGCAUUAGAGGUAUAAUCGCUCUCUUCAGUCCAAACAGUUCCCAGAUGCAAGACACGCAAGACAUAGUCGACCAACUAAGGAACAAAACAAAGCAAUCUGUAUUUGAAUAUUUAAAGAUGAUUGGACUGAAUUAAAUAAAUAUUUUUCUUAUUUUUGUA